AAAAAAAAUGUUAGCGUAAUCACGGGUUGCUGUUUGGAUCGCCUGAGACUCCAAUUACCGUCAUGCUUUGCACAUAAUGGUGACAGCUUGGGACACUAUGAAAGCUGCGGUAUCCGUUUAUACAGUGACAGGAUUUGUUAUGGCCAGAAGUUUUCUAUCCUGAUGUCGCAUUCCAUUUAGUUUAAAUCAAGAUUUUUUUUUAGAUCUUGUGUCUCUCUUCCAUACCAGAAAUGGCGGAUACAAAACCUCUUCACCAGACGAGAUUUGAAGCUGCAGUAAAUGUAAUACAGAGCUUGCCCAAAAAUGGAUCAUUCCAGCCAUCUAAUGAAAUGAUGCUAAAAUUCUACAGUUUUUAUAAACAAGCAACACAAGGACCAUGUAACGCCCCAAGGCCUGGAUUUUGGGAUCCUGUCGGGCGAUAUAAAUGGGAUGCCUGGAGUUCCCUUGGUGAUAUGUCCAAAGAAGAUGCUAUGAUUGCUUACGUUGAUGAAAUGAAAAAGAUCCUUGAGACCAUACCAAUGACGGAGAAAGUGGAAGAAUUACUCAAAGUCAUAGGCCCAUUUUAUGAAAUAGUGGAAGACAAAAAACAUGGCCGCGGAUCUGGUGUAACAUCAGAUCUGAGUAACGCUUUGACCUCUACACCAAACUGCAAGGCUGUAAACGGUAAGGCAGACAGUAGUGAUAGUGGGGCAGAAUCGGAGGAAGAAGAAACAGCAGGGCAAGAAGAGGAGGAUGGAGAAACAGAGCAAAGUGAACAAGAGGGCAAGCGAACAGAGCAUAAUUCAGCUCCUGAGAAGUGUCCAGACGGUAUAGUUGCUAAUGGUCUAGUGUGUGGCUUUGUAUCAGAUAAGCCAAAUCACAUCCCCACUAAAUCUACUCUUGAUGAGACAACAGAAGAGGAAAAGGUACAGAGCCAAGGCGUUGACUUGAAUGAAUUAGAGGAAGAGAAAGAGGAUGAUGGUCCAGAAGAUAUCAGUGCUGUGCAGCACUUGACAAGUGACUCAGACAGUGAGAUAUUCUGUGACUCUAUGGAACAAUUCGGACAUGAUGAGGUAGAUCACAGUCAGCUGAUACAAGAUGCAAUGUUGACAGAUGGUUAUGUGGCACCUUUAGCUGGUGGAGAAGUCAAAGAUGGAGGAGAAGAUGGGAAACCAUCUGGCAGCAGACACCAGAAGGAAAAGGCCGGCAAUGAAAAGUCUGAAUACUUUAGUUCAAGGCGAGGAAGAGCUAGUCGAUUGCUUCCUGUGAAUGAAGGUUCUGAGGGUGGACAAAUGGGCAGUAGUGGAGAUGGAGAACGUUGGGGAUCAGACAGAGGACCGAGUAGUUAUCUGAACGAGCAAAUUGCAGUUAUACUAAUGCGAUUACAAGAGGAUAUGCAAAAUGUUCUUCAAAGACUCCAUAAACUGGAAACCCUUACUGCUUCACAGGCAAGUUCGGUGCUUCAGGAAUCUAAUUAUCAGCACUCAUCAAAUAAGAAACCAUCAUGGUGGCCCCUUGGAAUAUCUCCAGGCACUUUCGCAUUUGCAAUAAUUUGGCCAUUUGUUGCUCAUUGGUUAAUGCAUGUAUAUAUUCAAAGGCGGAGAAGGAAGCCAACCUGAGUAUGUGCUGCAGUUUACUUGGGAUUAGAAGACCAUCAGAGACACCAUUCAAUUGUCUCAGCAUGGAUCACAGUGGAUAGAAGAUAUUCUUCUUACUUGCUAUAGUAAAUUCUUUGCACUACAUGAAUGAUAUCAAAAUAAGGACUAAUUCUACUAAAGCUUGAUAAAUCUAUGCUAAGUUGACAGUAGCACUGAUAAGUACUUUUACCGAUUUGAUCAGAAUUUAAAACUGUUUUUAAAGUUAUUGAAAGCAUGUAAUAGAUCAACUGUACCUCCUCUUAGGAUGUUAGUACAUACUAAACAUAAUAGAAUUGUGAUGUAAAAAUAAAAUCUAAAUAUUUGUCAGGAUUAAAAACUAGAAUUUCUUUGAAUUAUUAUUUAAUCAAAACAUACCUUGUUAUAAGGCCGUUACCUUUCAUUUCAUUCCUACAGAAUAGAAUAUUGUAAUUCUCCUGCCCUGCUCAAGUUAAAGGUACAACUAGACACCUUAUUCUCAGCUGGCAUGGUCCAGUUACGUUUGCUUUAAAAUAAAGAUUUACAAAAAUAACAGUGUUCAAAUUAGUAGCAAUAUUGCAAAGUUCUACAUAAAUGUAUCUAUGUAGUGCAAAUGAAUAACUUUACUGCACGCUGUCUGCAACUUGUCUGCAACUUUCAACAGAAAGGACAAAUUAACCUGUGGUCUCAAGACUGGAUUUUUAAAGCCAUAUUUUAAAAACAAAGGUGAUCUGUUCUUUGUGACAUCACUUUUUAUGAGAAAUUGGACUAUUUGUUUUAAUCCUACAACUACCUUACUAAUAAUAAUCUCUUAAUAGCAAAAAACAAAACAAAACCCAAACAUGUUUCUCAUAAGGCAUUUUAACUAUACAUGUUUAACCCACAAGAGGAAUUACAAGGACCUGCCAGGAGAUAAUUAAUAUAAAAGAAAGCACCUUUUUGUAGGGAUAACUGAUUUAAUUUAAUUACUUGUCCAUUUGAAAAGUAAAUAAUGUUAUGAUGGUUGAAUGGCAUUAAACAUACACACUAUGGAGGGUAUACUUUCUAUGUAAGUAUAUGUGGAUGUAUUGGGAUUAAAACAUUUUUUUAUAUAAAAAGGGAAAACUGUCUCAAAUAAAGGAAUGCUUUAAGGUAAAGGAGCCAUAACCUGUACCUAAGUAUUUGCAGUAUGUAGUUCCCUAUAGCUAAACGCUAUAUGCAAUAAAAUACAUCAAAAUCACAUUAAAAGACAAAACAAUCCCUAAGGGAUAUGCACAACAGCAAGCAAAGAAUAAUCCGUUAUAACCGGUCUUUUGUUGUCUGUCUUUACUGUUUGAUAUUGGUUAUGUCUGCUUUCUCCUUCUUAGAUGAACUUUAUGCUGCAUUUCUGUUCCCAAUGAGAAUGAGUCUUUAAGUUUUGUGCAAUGCAUUUUCAUUAUACUUUUUGGCAUACAAGACACAGCAAAAAUUUAAAGGAAAAAAAAAAAAGUGGUACACACUGUGGGUUAGAGGUUUUCAAAUAAUUAUCUCUUGGUAUUUAUGGUACAUCUGAGUUUCAAAGUUAAUUAAAAGAAAAUUAGAAAUUGAACACAUUUCACCAUGUUUUUAACAAUGGUUUUAAAGAAUUAAUACAUUUACUUUAGUUUUGUAGGCAGAUGUCUCUUCUUUUCUCUCUCUCAAAACCAUCUAAUUACCCGGUACCCCCCAAACAAAGUUCACUAAACAAACCGCUCAAUUUAUUAAGAUACAUCCCUAAUGCGUACUUGAGAAACACAGCAGAACUAAAUUACUGCCAUGUCCUAUAGGAAACAGAGGUGGCUACUGAUUGGGGACAUAUUAUUGGAGCAAUUACUCCCAUACUCCUUUGCUGGACUACACCCUGUGUCAUGUAUGCCAAAAAAUAUAGUACAUUGUGUUCUUAGCACACAGUAACUUGGUCAAACACAUGUAAAUUAAUCCACAAGAGUGAAGAGGACAUAAGUCACAUAAGAAAAAAGUGCAAUACAAUUAUAAUGAAUCUAAAAUGGGUUAAUAAUUUACUGCUCUUUGCUUUCUAGAUGAAACAAUAUUUGCAGCUUGAGGUAGAUAUGAUCCUUUGUUAUGUAUAUAAAAAUUAAUAAAGUUCUGAUAAUUCUAUACAAAAAUA